AUGGUGGGACUUGGUACACUCCAAGGGCAAUUACAUGAUCUUGCAGAAGAGGUGGAGAGUGCACAAACAAAGUCCCACAAAGAAGACUCACCUGUGCCAAUGUUAGGCCUAAAUCACCCAAAAUGCCAGGUUGAGCAGGUGACGAAUAUCCCACCUGCACAUAUUUGUCAAUCGACAACUCACGCUUCAAUUAAGGCCAAAAAGGAAGAACCUGAGACUGCCACGAAGGUGCUAAAAACAAGAACUGCGGUGGCAGAACCAGAGGUGCUCCGCCCCUCGCCGCCGCCGUCCGCCCCUCGCCGCCCCGAAAGCAAAGGAGUGGCGUCGGUCGCCUCAUUUGUGGUGUUAGAGUUUCCCGCCUCCAUCAGCGCGGGCUGGUAG